AUGGUCGAAUCAAACGAUUACGAUUCGUUCGAAGAUGAUUCGAUAGGGAAAAAUAAUAUAAUAACGACGGUGAAUAAUCCUCUUGUUUAUUCCAGCAGGAAAGGUUCCGUUAAGGUUCAAAUACAACCGAGUCAACAACAGCAGAAAACGUUGACUCAUUUACCACAUCGUGAACCUGUUGAUAUUGCAUUUACGGAUUUACAAUAUACUGUUACCGAGGGGCGGAAAAAAAAUCCAAAAGUUAUAUUGAAAAAUGUGAGCGGACGGUUACGUUCUGGCGAAUUAACCGCCAUCAUGGGCCCUUCCGGAGCUGGAAAAUCAACUUUGUUAAAUAUACUGACCGGUUAUAAAAUUUCUGGAAUGAAAGGUUCGAUAACGAUCAACGGUCAGGAAAGGAAUUUGAACACGUAUAAAAAAUUGUCUUGUUACAUAAUGCAGGACAAUCAACUCCACGCUAAUUUAACCGUCGAAGAAGCUAUGAAGGUAGCGACGAACCUUAAAUUGGAAAAAACCACGUCGAAAAGCGACAAAGAAGACAUGAUCUCUGAAAUAUUGGACACUCUCGGUCUUCAGGAACAUAGGAAAACGAUGACGAGUAAUUUAUCGGGGGGACAAAAGAAAAGACUUUCCAUCGCUCUCGAAUUGGUCAACAAUCCUCCGAUAAUGUUUUUCGACGAGCCGACGAGCGGUUUGGAUAGUUCGUCCUGCUUUCAAUGCAUAAGUUUGCUUAAAUCUUUGUCCCGAGGGGGUCGUACCAUCAUUUGCACAAUACACCAACCGAGCGCUCGACUUUUCGAAAUGUUCGAUCAUUUGUACACCCUUGCGGAGGGACAAUGCGUUUAUCAGGGUUCAACAAAGCAUUUAGUUUCCUUCUUAUCAACUCUUAAUUUGAACUGUCCGAGUUACCAUAACCCUGCUUCCUUCAUUAUCGAAGUCUCGUGCGGAGAGUACGGAGACAACGUUAAAAAAUUAGUCGGAGCCAUUGACAAUGGUAAAAACGACAUACGAGACGGUCGUUUGCUUCCAAACUCGGAAAAUUUACCCCAAAAAGUUCUCAACGGUUUAGCAAACGUCACAAACGACAUCGUCAAAGAUGGGAAAGUUGAAACAAACGAUGCGAUAGCCAUUCCUGUCGAUUUGACGUCGGAGAAAAGCGAAAAUGCGAACGCGACACUCUUGUAUCCGAGCGCAACGAAAACAAGCAACAGCAGAAGAUACGCGACGUCGGAAUUUCAUCAAUUUUGGAUCGUUUUGAAAAGGACUUUGCUAUUCAGCAGAAGAGAUUGGACUCUCAUGUACCUUCGUUUGUUCGCUCACAUACUCGUCGGAUUUUUAAUCGGUGCUCUAUAUUACGACAUCGGUAACGAUGGUGCAAAAGUUUUGAGCAAUUUAGGAUUUUUGUUUUUCAACAUGUUGUUUCUCAUGUACACGUCCAUGACAAUAACGAUAUUAUCAUUUCCGCUAGAAAUGCCCGUUUUAAUAAAAGAAAAUUUCAAUAGAUGGUAUUCUCUGAGAUCUUAUUAUCUCGCCAUAACGGUGUCGGACAUACCAUUUCAAGCGAUAUUUUGCGUCAUUUACGUCACGAUCGUUUAUUUCCUGACGUCUCAACCCCCCGAACUGAGUCGGUUUUUGAUGUUUUUAAGUGCCUGUUUGUUGAUAUCGUUCGAUGCACAAAGCGUCGGUCUCGUCGUGGGUGCCGCCAUGAACGUUCAGAACGGAGUUUUCUUGGCACCCGUCAUGUCCGUGCCUUUCUUACUUUUCUCCGGAUUUUUCGUGAGUUUCGACGCCAUUCCGAUAUAUUUACGUUGGAUCACUUAUCUCUCCUACAUCAGAUACGGUUUCGAAGGAACGGCUCUCGCCACGUACGGAUUCGGAAGAGAAAAACUUAAAUGCUUUCAGAUUUAUUGUCACUUUAGAAAUCCGACGACGACUCUCGAAGAGUUAGACAUGUUGGACGCUGACUUUACCGUCGACAUCGUAGCUCUAAUAAUUAUAUUUUUCAUAUUAAGAAUAUCGGCCUUUUUGUUUCUCAGGUGGAAAUUAAAGUCUGCUAAAUAA